AUGGACGUACCAAUGCAAGACGCAAACCGAAGGGGAGGACGUAGGAACGGGCCAUCAAAUGCUCGUGCGGCACGUCGCAGCGAUCCGUAUGCGCGCGACUCAAAGGCCCGACCCAACGCUGCGGCAAACCAGGCUCAACGCGGCCAGACCCAAGCCAACGCAGCACCUACACAGGCGGCACAAUCGCAGUCCGGCAUGUCGUACCCGCCGCCCGAGCUCAGCAUCCGUGGCUCCAGCGGUCCCACCUGGAUUGUGGUGUCCAACUUGGUGGUAGGAACGUCGACCGAAGACGUGCGUCUCACGUUUGGCAUGUUUGGCCGUGUGGAAGAGGUCAAGCAGCGACCUGCACCUUCGGCAAAUCACCCGACGGUCUCGUUCGAAGUUGCCUUUGACAAAAGGGAGGACGCGGAAACGGCGGCGGCAAAGUUUAAUGGCGCGCUCGCGGACGGUAGAAUCUUGCAAGUGUCAAUCAAGAAGCCUGACCCGCCACGCGAUGCGUUCAGCCAGUUCAACAGGGCUACUGCACAGGCCGUUGCCCAGCGACCUCGCGAGAAGGCGGCAAACCUGAUCCCGGCACCGGCUGCGUUGCCUUACACGCCCACUCCUGCAGCUGCAGUGACUGCCGCGAUCCCUACUGGUCCGGCUAGUAUGCGUUCUCGCGCUCACACUGCUGGACUGGUGGAGCCUCGAGCCAGGAAGUCCAACGGCGCAACGCCCAACAGAAGUGCCGCAACGAACAGCAAGGGUGGAAAGGCAGCGAACGCUCCUCCCGCCAUCCCCACAGGGCCCAAAAAGGGCACGGCCGCGGCGGCUGCUGCACCCAAAUCGAAACCGCAACCGCUCGCUCAACGGAUCCCGGAGCCGCUUGCCAACCGUCUACUGACGCAAGCGCAGGCGCAAAAGCUGCGCGCAGAGGAGGCCAAGAAGAAGGCCAAAGACGAGGCCCGUGCCAAGGCUAUUGCAGCAACGGGCAAGCACACGGUGCUGGGCAAGCGUCUUGGUGGACUGCCUCUGGCGCAGAGGCUGGUGCAACAGGCAGGCACGCCGAAAUCGGACCAGAGUGCCGUCCGCGCUGCUGCUGAGAAGAAGAAGCGCAAAAGGGAGGCAGCCAAAGCGAAGAAGGCUAAGACGGGCGGCGGAGGCAGCAGCGGCAUGGAUCUUGACGGAUGA